AUGUCUGCUACCCAAGGUUCUACUGUCCCCAACACGACCUUCUCAUACGUGCCCUGGGCCCCUGAGCUCGACUCGGGCAAGGCCUGCGGUGUCCCCACUACCUUCCAGUCGCACGACCGCUGGAAGGGCAAGAAGGUGGUGAUUGUGUCGGUGCCCGGUGCCUUCACUCCCACCUGCCAUGUGAACCACAUUCCUCCCUACGUGGAGAAGCUGAAGGAGUUCAAGGCGAAGGGCGUCGACGAGGUCGCCGUCAUUGCCGCGAACGACCCCUUUGUGAUGAGCGCCUGGGGUGUCCGUGAGGGUGGCAAGGAGGAGCCCAUCUUUGCCUCGGAUGUGAACGCCGCCUUCUCGCACGGUCUUGGUGCGACGCUCGACCUGAGCGACAAGGGCUUUGGUACUCGUACCGCACGCUACGCGCUGGUCAUUAACGACCUCAAGAUUGAAUACUUUGCUGAGGACAAGGGCGAGCUGUCGCAGUCGGCCGCCGACGCUGUGCUCAGCAAGUUGUAG